AUGUCGAAUCAACACAAUCCAUCACAAUCGAGAAUGUCGAGCAUACCUGGGUUGACUCGACCAUCAUUGGGACCUGCACGAUCAAGCACUCUGCCUGGACAGCAAUUGCUGAACAACACGAACAAUAACAGAAAUGUAGGAGGAAUGGCUGGUUUGGUGGACUCAAUGUCUGGAAUGGGUUUGUCCAUGGCUGCUGAGGCUAGAUCCUCGUCUUCAAAUAUGAGAUCUAUGGGUUCAGUAGGUUCUGCUCUAGGAAGACGCUCAAGUGUAUUCACAUCUCGCCAAUCCAGUUUCGGUAUCAACGCCAUUCAAGGAGGCAAUGCCUUGCUCGCAAAGGAUCCUAGACCCAUUCGCGACAAGCAAUGGCAAGCAAACUCUAUAAAACAACUGGUUGGCUUCCUCCAAUCUGCUGGCUACCUGCAACCCAUAUCGCCAAAACAGUUACAAGCUCCGUCUGCAAAGGACUUUCAGGCCAUCUUCAAAUUCUUGUUGGCUCAACUAGAUCCUAGCUAUGUGUUUCAGAAAAAGUUUGAGGAUGAGGUGCCUGGGAUACUGAAAGGACUAAGGUAUCCUUACGCGGAUCAGAUAUCAAAAUCAGCAUUAUACUCUUGUGGAUCAAUGCAUGCUUGGCCUUCACUGCUAGCCAUGUUAACUUGGAUGGUGGAGCUGAUAUUGGCGUGUGAGCAAAUGGACAAUAAUCCAGAUGUCGAAGACGGAGAUCCUACUGGCAAUCCUGAAAAGCUCUUUUUCGACUAUCUGAGUAAAGCUUAUGCGCUAUUCAUGGCUGGAAGCGACAAUUAUGACGGAAUCGACCAAGAAAUGAUGGCAGAUUUUGACCGAAAGAAUGAGUUUGUUAUACAAGAUGUAGCUAGACUCAACCAAGAAAAUGAGAUAUUGAAGAAAGAGUUACAAGACUUGACUGGUACCGAGGCUCCAAUAAUACGGCUUGAUCGUGAAAAUAGUACUCUCACAAGUGAUCUAGUCAAAUUCCGACAAUAUCUGAUGCAAGUGGAUGCUAAAAACAUCAAGUUGGCCGAAACCAUUAUCAAAUUACAAGACGACAUCAAAACUCAAGAACUGGAAAUGAGUGCUCUCACCGGUGAAAGAAAUGCAUUGCAAAAGACAGUCGAUGGUCAGGAAAUAUCACCACAAGAUGUAGAUCGUAUGACAGAUCAACAAGAGCAACUAGUCAAGAUGUUAAAGGCUAUGAAUUCUAAAGGGGACGAAGUCAACAAGCUGGUCUGGGAAAAGGAGAUUGGGUAUCAGAAAACCAUCGACCAGCUCGAGAAAUUAGCAGACGAAUAUAAUGCUCUAUGUUACAGAGUUGACAUCAGUUCUUCCGAUCCUACAAUUCGUUUUGAUUUGAAAUUGAAUCUACAAGCACCGAAACCUGAGCUCGUACCCUCAGCGGAUUUGGGCAAUAAAGUCAAGCCUGCUCUGACUUCGUUACAAGCACGAUACACGGCUCUCAGGCACAAGCUUGCUGAUGAGCAAAGCGCCAUUCAAGAGUCUCUAGAUCGCCUUAUGGAGGCUCUAUCACAAAAGAUGGAUGAUCUUACAGAGUUGGAGGGUCGUAUUCGAGUGUUGAAUGAGCAGUACAAUGAAGAAACUGAGGUCAUCAAAGUUCAACACGCUGCAUUGCAACAAGAAGUCGAGGUAUUAGAACAGCAGAUACAGAGAACACGAUAUGAUGCCAGUCGUGGCCUUCUUCAAGCACAACAAAAACUUCAAUAUGCACAAAUCGAGUAUGAUCAACUGACAGGAAGGUAUCAAGAUCAACGAGAGCGACUCACGAAACAAUUCAUACGUGCCCUUGAAGAUUGUGUUCAACUCAGGACGUAUGUGAAUGAAGAACUUCGAACUCUGAAAAAGAUUUCCGAAGACGAUCUCGCAGAGGCCAUCAAGGAGGAAGAAUCAUUGAAAGCUCGUUGGAAUAUAGGAGAUACGACAAUGGUGUAA